CUGAAACCCUUAUUCUUGUUUUCCCUCUCAUCGACAUCUAAUAAUAACAAAAAUCAAUUUUCCAUAUAUCAUCAUAACUAAAUCCCUAAUUAAAAUUCCUUCAAAACCCACUUUUAAUCGACCAAAUUAUCACCUGGGUAUCGAUCAAAAUCCCAAAUUUUUGAUUAAAUCUUGGUGGGCUUUUAAUGGUGAUAUCAAACAAUCAAGACAAAAUUAGUGGGGAUAAGAAAAAACCAGUUAAUUCCAAAGGGGGUGGUGGUGGGUCAUGGGGCACAAACGGGUCGGGUCAAUCCGUUUCGACAAGUGGCAGUGUCGGGUCACCUUUGACCCGGAGUGAUUCAGCAGGAGGAGGAGGAGGAGUUGUGACACCUGUUCCUGAGAAUAAAAUUUUGAGGUUGAAUACUCUUGAUAGUGUUGGAUCUCAAGAAGUUGUUGGUGAUAAAAAGAAGAAGCAAAGACAACGCGCAACUGGACCGGAUAAAGGAAAUAGAGGACUUCGGCAGUUUAGUAUGAAAGUGUGCGAGAAGGUUGAAAGCAAGGGAAGAACCACUUAUAAUGAGGUUGCAGAUGAACUUGUAGCCGAAUAUACAGAUACUAGCAACGCUGGCGAAACUGCUGAUCAGCAGCCAUAUGAUGAAAAGAAUAUUCGGCGAAGGGUAUAUGAUGCAUUGAAUGUCAUCAUGGCAAUGGAUAUUAUAUCUAAAGAUAAAAAAGAAAUACAGUGGAAGGGUUUUCCAAGAACUAGCUUGGAUGAUAUCCAAGAGAUAAAGAGGGAACGUCUUGCUAUAAGGAGCAGAAUGGAGAAGAAAGCUGCAUAUCUCAAAGAACUGCAGGAUCAAUAUGAAGGCCUUCAGAAUCUGGUACAUCGGAAUGAACGGUUAUACAGUUCUGGAAAUGCUCCAAAUGGUGGAGUGUCUUUGCCUUUUAUACUUGUCCAGACUCAACCUCACGCUACCGUGGAAGUGGAAAUUUCAGAAGAUAUGCAACUGGUUCAUUUCGACUUCAAUAGUACUCCAUUUGAGCUACACGAUGACAACUACGUUCUCAAGGCAAUGAAGCUAUCUGGCCAACCAGAAUUUGAUGACAUGACAAUCGACGUUUCUGACCAGCCAAAAGAAGAAGUCAUAGCAAACGACACAUCUCCAAUGUUUUGGACUCCUUCAAAGCCCACCGUGCAAUCCGGCAAGCCGUCAAGCUCGCCACCGGUUCCUGGAAUUCUUAAACCUCGUGCCAAGCAUGGCCAUUAGGUAUUGUUGAACUUGUUGACUUAGCAAUGUGUGUCCAGCUAGGGGUUUGACAGGAUAUAUAUUAGUACUCGUCUUUGCUAAUGGUAUAUUGGCUGCUUUAUAUACUGAUGAUAGGUAACUUAUACUCGCUACAUGCUAAAUCUUGAAAAUGUUAAGAGGGCUGCAGUUGUUCUAGUUGUUAGCAGCUUUCUUUUACAUGGUAAUCAAAUUAUUUUCUAGUUGAUCUGUUUGAUUCAUGAUAUAGACAAUAAAUCAUUUUCAUAUAUAUAGACUAUGUAGUUACAUUGUUUCGUAUUAAUGUUAAGAAAAACCAUUUCUUUCUUCUCUUA